AUGCAGACCACUGCCGAUCCACGAAGGCCGAACAAGAUUGUAAGGUUUGUGUUCAAAGCUGCAGAUCCUCAAUCAGCCAAUGCUGUAACAGAUGACCCUUUGCCAGAAUACAUGAACGUUCUGGGAAUGAUAUUCAGUAUGUGCGGUCUGAUGAUGCGGAUGAAAUGGUGUGCAUGGAUGGCUCUUCUGUGCUCCUGUGUCAGU